GACGCAUGACCACCUCAACAUGAACUGUUCUCAGCGAUCGCUUCCUCUCAUUUGGAAUACUCUUCGUACUAAUCCCUCUGGGUCGAAAACACCAAUCAAUCUACGAGCCUUCCUGUCACCGCCAUGCCGUUGUUACUCACCACUGCCAGUUCGGCCCGUUGGUCUUCGCUCCAGUCGCUCUCCGAAGCGUAACCAUCCGACGCAGCCUUUUCCAACGACACCAACAGCCCUCAAAGCACCUGAUAUCAACGCACCUAAUCCCUCAUUUCCUUGGACAGAUUACGAUGCACUUCCAUCCACUGGCUCGGUAUCUCGUUCCGACUGGGUUGACGUACCAUCCAAUCCCUCCGGCUUCAUUCAAUCCUCACAUCCAGCCGCGAGCCUACUAGCACAGCCUGCGCUAGUAGUUGUACGACAGCUUGAAAUGCUUAAUCUGUUCGUUGGUUUCGAGCAAGCAAAUCGAUAUCGAAUCUUGAAUCCCGCGGGCGAAACGGUCGGGUUUCUAGCUGAAGAGAACUCUGGAUUCACUGGAACUCUCUUACGUCAAAUAGCGGGAACACAUCGUGCCUUUCAAGCUAGCAUUUUGGCGGUCGAUGGAACGGAGCUACUGAGGAUUAGACGUCCAUUUAGUUUCAUCAAUUCUCGUAUCUCGAUCGAGUGUCCUCAUCGACAAAAGGUAAUUGGUGAAGCUCAACAAGAGUUUCAUAUCUGGCGACGUAAAUAUGGUCUCUUUACAACAAGUUCUGAUAAGAUAGGGGAAGAGACAGCAUUUGAACAAUUUGCAAAGAUUGAUGCUGGGUUACUUUCAUGGGAAUUUUUCGCUCAGGAUGCUGAUGGGAAAUUGAUGGGAAGUGUGAGUCGAAACUUUGCUGGAUUUGGACGUGAGAUUUUCACCGAUACAGGUCAAUAUGUGAUACGAUUUGAAGCAGUUGAAGAGGAAUUGAAACAAUUAGAUCAAAUUGCUAAAACCCCUAAGGAUUCAAUAACUGCCCAAGCUGCACCUGUAGCUGAAUCUCACCUUGCACAAGUGCCUAGUCGGGAGGUUCAUUCAACAGGUUUGACAUUAGAUCAACGGGCUGUUAUGUUGGCCACAGCAGUUUCAAUUGACUUUGACUAUUUCACCCGAUCACGCGGAGGAGGAUUGAUGCCUCCCAUGUUCUUUGGUGGUAGUUCCGAUGAACUUCAAUCAGGAGGAGCUACAAGUGGAACAACAGCUACAGGGCCAGAUCCACUCACCACUGGUGUAGGCGUUGGUGUGAUGGACGGAAUGUUAUCUCAAGCUGGCCAAGGUCGCGCACCCGAGCUUGAUUCAGAAUCUAGCGCUCAUGACGAGAAACAAAUCAGGCACGACGACAGUGCAGAUAUAGUUGAUAAUACACCUCCUGGUUGGAGUGAGACGCCUAUUGAUGAAGUUUGGGUCGAAGAAGAACUUGAAGAUCCUUGGAGUGCUUCAAAUGAGAAAGAAGAGAACGAUUGGGAUGAAUGGUGAUGAUGUGAAUUAGGAUUAGGAAUGCAAUUCGAAUUUCAUUUGCGAUCUUUCCUUCAUGUAGAUUCAUUAUUUUCUUACUGUUCUUUCUCACUCCAAGCGUUUCAAAGAUGUAAAGAUGGUUUGAGUUUUCGUUCGAGUGUAC